UGACGCUGACUGCCAUGGUAACCGUGAGGCGCGGUAGCUAAUGCUGCUCUAUUUACAGAAGCUAACAAAGCAGUGACUUCAAACGCARCUYAUACUAUUUACACUGAUGGGUGACKUUAWUGCGUCGUUUGCAUUUAGAUGGACAUCACUUAACACAGAACCUGAUUCUUGUUCGCGCAGAUUCUUUGUGUUUCUGUAAACGUUUACUUAUCUUUCARUUAGCAUUCGCGUUAGCUUAUUUCACAAGUAAGCUAACUAGCUUGUCGAAACGCUAAUUUUGACCAAUACUUAUGGCUUUUUAUGAAGUCUACUCUCACCCGUCCGAGAUUCGGUACAAAACGAGUGUGUGUACAAAAGCCACGUUGUUUCUAGUUAUUGUUUCAUGCCUGACAUACAUCGCACCUCUGCUCGUUGCUUACAGGAGCCAAGGUUUCUGGAUAAAGCGAAGCACCUAUGAAGAACAGCCGGUUGUGAGAUUCCAGUACCAGACUCUGCUGGUGGCAGCAACCAGUACUCAAGGACACUAUGUCGCCUGGAGCACGUUCCCUCAUCUUAACAACAUGCUCGGAACUAACCUACGGAUCCCCACUGUCUCAGUAAGAGAAGAGGAUCUGAACCAGGAUGGAAAGUUGGACCUUUUGRUCUUCCAGCUGCAGCUUCCUCUGAAGCCUGAUGAACAAGUUUACAGUGUUCAGCUGCUGCUCACCUUCAGCUAUCAGCUCUUUCGGAUGUCCACAGUAGUGAUGCAGAGCCUGGCUUUUGUGCAGCACUCCUCUCCUGUUCCUGGAGCCAARCUGUUCAUUAGUGGRGACCUGAGACUGCAGCAGAAGACGCCUCUGCCUCAUCGAGGAUUGUAUAACAUUUACAAUGUGUCAGCGAUCGAUGGCUCCAGUCCCUUUGCAAGUACUUAUGAUCUCAACAACAUUAUCAAGAGCUACCAGGAGAGAAACUUAACAACAGUCCUGUCCUGUCCGAUGCCAGUCUGGACAGUGGGACAAGCUGCUGGUUCUCCCUUUGAGCUGAAUGCUGAAAUCCGUUACCCGAUGGAGGUCAUCAGUUACCGUCCCGGCUUCUGGGAGACCAUUAAGUUUGCUUGGAUACAGUAUGUCAGCAUCCUCCUCAUCUUCCUGUGGGUCUUUGAACGCAUCCAGAGAUUUGUUUUCCAGAACCAGGUUUUGACAACCGUACCCAUACCUGUUGGAAAACCUCACCUGUCCUGAUGAUUUUUUUACGUUUAGGUUUGGACCCUAGAAAAGCCGACACCCGACACCCUUUGUCAAUUUGCUCCACGUCUGUAACGUUUGUCUUUUAAGUUCAUGUUGAUAUUAAAGUGUGUAUCUUUUAGGUUGAGAUGUGUUAUUGUAAGAGCUGGGCAUCAUUUUGUUACAAUUAAACAUUAAAAAUACAAAUACUAUCAUAUUCUGACCUGUGGGCACUACUAAACUGAGACUAWUGAUAAAAACAAAUAUGAUUAUCCGAUUGUGCAAUCUGACCUCCAGACAAACACUGUCACAAAAACCUGCUUUGAUAUUUAUUUAACUGUAGAUUCGUGCUGAUAAAAGUCUGUGGGGGGAGAGUUAUACAUAAGCAUUAUUAACUGUAAAGACAAAGAUAAAUCAUUAACAAGUUUGUAACACAUUUAUGCAUCUGCAAUGUUAAUACAAGAUUCACACAAACAAACAACACAACAUUGGUUUAUAAUCUCUAUUAGCUCAAACUCAGUUUUUAGAGKGGAACCAUUUGUUCUGUUUUAUUAUAUAAAUUAUAAUUUCAAAAUAACCUAGAGAUAUUUAAAAAAGCAUUUUAUAUCUAAAACAUCCAGACUUUAUAAAUAAUUGUCUCUAUAGAAAAUUGCAUUUUGUUUGCAGCUUUUUUGGCUAAAUACUUUGAAGACUUGGACUAUUUGCUGUAACAGAAAUAUCACCAGAAAAUAUCUGAUUUUCUUCCUGAGUUUUCUAGUUUACUGUUUUUACUGUUUUCUAGCAAGUGAAUUGGAAAAAAAAUGUAUUUUCUAUAUUU